CGGGUUUUAAAAUGACGACAUGGGUUCUCUCAGCUGCAAGUCUGCGAGAGUUUUCUGAAAAAGAACGGUUAGUCUGUACCUGCGGAAGCAUGGGAGAGGAGUUGGGUUCGAGUUCGACAGCUAUCGACUCUUCCAACGUAGGGUUUCAGCUUUUGAAGAAGUGCGGAUGGAAGGAAGGAACUGGUCUUGGGGUUGCAGAACAGGGUAUGUUGGAGCCACUGCAAGCAAAUGUGAAGAAGAACAAACGUGGUCUGGGUGCUGAGAAACCAAAGAAGAAAAUGUCACUACUCCCUGAAGAUCAUGCAUCUGCAAAGCAAAGUGAUAAUGAAAAUUCACAAUCUAGAAAGAAAACAAAAACAGCCUCUAAGAGGUUGAGAAAGAUGUUGGAAAAAGAAAAAUGCUUGCAAGAGAAGGAAUUUGAGAGGGCCUUCUUCAGGGAGUUCUGGCCAGAUAAUGUUUGAAGAAUGAAGUCCUGUCAUCUUGGUUCCUUGUCAUUAUAAAUUUUGUACAGGUAUUUGAGCUUUUCCUUCUAAUAACUUGUCCUUUUAUUCCCUAGUUGUCUCUUUUGUUCUAGUACGUGACAUUCUUUGGCCUUUCCAGCAUUGUAUAAGAAGAGAUGAUUUUAUUUUUUGUGGAUUGACUUGGUCACUGUUUCAUAUUGUUCCUUUUUCUUCAACAUGAUUGAACUUGGACCUG